AUGAUCAGCGUUUCUUUGUUUCUGUUCAUCUAUCUGCUGGGAGGCGUCACGUUCCCCGCGCUCAUAGCAUGGGCAUUGUUCCGCGUGGCACCCAACGAGCGUGAUCCGCGCGGGCAAGGGCGCGCACGCGCUCGGUUGCGUGAAGCCGAGUUGAUGGUUCGCGACAUCCGUGAGGAUUUCAAAGCUGGUGAUUUCGAAGAACAACAGGGUGUUGACGUGCAAAAAAGGGGGCUUGUCACGAUGACGACAAAGUACCACUACCAUCACUCCGAAAUCGCCGCACUACAAGAACCUGACGAAGAUCUGCCGACCCGCGAUCAACUCAAGAAAAGACAUAAUUUCUACGGUGUGAUCAAGCAUGGGAACUUGUUUCUGUACAAAGAUGAAGCGACCGAUUCGGGUCUGUGUCACGUUAUCGUACUCAAAGAGACGUUCGUGACAUUGUGGCCUCGCAAUUCCCAUCGCGAAAGCCCAGAGGGUUCUUUGUUCACCAAGGAAAAAUGCAUUGCCAUCUUUAAAGCUGCCAAAGUAAACCUGGACGAGAACAACGACUUGACCUUCGACACCGGGCGUCCCGAUGGGACAUCCGGAGUCGCGUCUCAUUUGGACGAGUUUUUCCUGUACAUCCCUAAUAACGUCGAGAAGGAGGACUGGUAUUUCGCUCUUGUACGUGCUUCCAAAGUGUCGGCACCCAGAUCCGGCAUCAAUUGCUUGCUAGACCCAAACGUUUCGGCGCAGACCGAACACAUCAACACACGUGAUAUGUUAGCGCUCAUACAGACUUUGAACUCUACAGAAGCCCAACUGGGUGCCAAGUGGCUUAAUGCGCUUAUUGGACGUCUUUUCAUAGGCCUCCAGCAGACUGAGAGUCUUUCGAACCUCUUGCGAGUACGACUGGCGAAAAAACUUGCCAAGAUCAACAAGCCCGGGUUUCUCGACGAUUUCACAAUCGAAAGCGUCGACGUAGGCAAUGCAGCGCCAUUCAUCACGCAACCACAUCUCAAGGACAUCGCUGCGUCUGGGUUGCUUAAAAUCGGGUUUAAUAUCCUUUAUCAGGGAGGUAUGUCACUGAUCGUUUCUACCAAGGCGAAUAUCAACUUGAGUUCUAGAUUCAAAACCCGUGAAGUGCGAGUACAACUCUCCGUAACGGUAAGAAGAAUCAGUGGCCCCGUGGUCGUUCUCGUAAAGCCGCCACCAUCUGACCGAAUAUGGUACGCUUUCGAGACCGAACCUGUACUCGAUUUGGACGUGGAGCCGGUCUUGAGCACGAAACAAAUCUCGUACAACGUUGUCACGAACGCGAUUAAGUCUAAAUUUCGAGAAGCUAUACGGGAGUCUUUGGUGUUACCUUUUAUGGACGAUAUUCCUUUCUAUGAAACCGCUGACGAGUUUUAUAGAGGCGGAAUUUGGAAACACUCCAAGGCCGGAAACGAUACUAAGAAAAGUCCGGAAAAUCUGCGCGACUUGAAUUAUGAAACCAAUAAUUCGCUUGGAGUGCAGGAUUUGGAAAACCAAUCUUCUUCUAGUAAAUAUGACCUUGUUGACGACAUCCAAUCUCAAGAGUCAUCUGAUGCAGCCAGUGCUACUCAUGAAUCAUUAUCGAACGAUCGCUUGCUAAAGACAGAAAGUGGAGAAUCCACUAUCAAGGAGAGAACUUUGAAAAAGGUGGACACUCUAAAAUCAAUGUUAAAGCCGCGCGGUGAUCAUAGCGAUGGGGAAAACAGUUUGAACUCUACCGAACAUCAAGCUGCAUCAAAUAGUAACGCUCCUACUAAGCUAGGUGAGAUAAUCAAGGAAGACGCUGUGAGUUCUAAAAAAUAUCUGAACGCCGGCAUCAAAAAAUUCGGAAAAUGGUACAAGGACACUUUAUCAAGUCCCGAGCAAUCGGAUACGAGCAAUAUUGAAAGUGUAUCUCAACCGGUACUGCCGGAAAUGAUAUCGAAUAGGAGGACGGUCUUAAAGAAAAAGGGAAGGGAACCGGAGAAAGGGGAAUUGACAGCUGAAAGACGCUCCUCAAGCGCUGCAGAAAUGUUUGCAAACAAGACGAAAACUAAUUCAACCCCUCCUUCUUCAAAUAAUGAAGCUUCAUUUCAUCCUUAUGCAAAUAAUGCUGUGAAUCUGGGGCCGACUUCCCCUAACUUCCAAUCUCACACAAAAAAUAGAAAAACGUCAGGCACUUUCACGGAAUCUAUAGACCAACCUCAAGGCUUGGGUAUAUCUAGCUGUGGUAAUGAAGUGAUGAAACAGGGCGAAGCAAGGCUUGAGCAAUCUAUCGACAGACCUGCACGUGAGGCGCCAAUGACUCUUCAAGAGUUGAAUAAACGGCGACCUGUUCCACCUAUUCCUUUGACGACUAAUGAAGCAACUAAAAGUAAUUCAGAAAGCAUCGAAAAUGACUAG